AUCGAUCAUUCUUGUCUUCCGUGCAUCACCUGACUUCCUCUCCUCUUCUCCCACUCUCUCCCGUCGUUGCCUCUUUGGUGCUUAUAACCAGCCUCCCGGCAUCCCCCCACCUUUGAUUCCCUUCUUCCACCGCAGCUCCCAAAAAGAACAUGGUACAAACCAGUCAGUAGCCUGUUCCUGUUGUAUUGGAUGCCUCAACAGCAACCUAAGAGCUAACAGUCCCUGUUCCCAACCACCCAUCCUUCUUCCUCCAUUCUCCCCCACCAAACCUCGAACUCAAAAGGAACCGUCUUUAUUACCCCCCCUCGCUUGCCUUGGCGCUGAGACUUUUGCCUUCUUUGCUGGUGGGGAGAUGAAGAAGCUCAGAAACGGGAAAGGACGGAGGAUCCACCCGACCCCACCGCCGGGAACGGCGCCGCGGGACCACCUGGCGGCGAUCCCUGCGGCGUUGUUGGCCCUGGUGGCGGCGCUGACGGCCGAGGAGAAAGAGGUUCUGGCGUACUUGCUCUCAGGCGGCGGUGGCCAUGAGAGGGGCAGCGAGCGGCGGCGGCGGCUACGGCCGCACCCCCCGGAGCUGGGCUGCGAGUGUUUCUGUUGCUACAAGAGCUUCUGGGCGCGGUGGGACGCGUCGCCGAACCGGCACGUCAUCCACCGCAUCAUCGACGCCGUGGAGGAGAGCUUGGAGUCCAGGGAGCGCGAGCGCGGGGGUGGUGGCCGCCGCCGGAAGCGCAACGGCCGUCGUGGGAGGAAAAUCGCCAACUCGGCAGCUGUGGCGGAGGAGGAGGACGAUAGCUCGAGGGUGGAGCCGAAGGGGUUCCUGGCGUCGGAGGGUGAGCACUCGGGGGAUGAUGAUGAUGGUAGCGUCGACGACGAUGAUAAAGAAGGGGACGUCGAUGACGAGGAGGAGGAGGAAGAGGGCACGAAUGGUGUCAGCAACCCCAACGGCAAUGGAGGCAAGAGCUCCGUGAGGAGAUUCAUGAGUUUUAUCGGGGCAAGAGUUUGGGGAGUUUGGAAUUGAGCCAAUGGGAAGAUAGAGAUGACAAAGAAAGGAUUUUUGGACAUUGGAAAGGUCAGUUCCGAUGCUUACUCUUCUUCUUUCUUUGAUUACUCUCUCGUUUCUUUGUCGUCAGGGUGAAAGCUCUCUCUCUCUCUCUCUCUCUGUUAUUGUGUAUCUUCUUCAUCUUUUUGUUGUAGUGAUCAGCAACCAAAAACCUUCUGUCAAUUCGUAGUAAUCAUCGCUCCGUUCGUUGUACGAUGGAGCAAUUAGUAGUGUCUCUAUGUCAAUUCGAUGCUUGGAGCUCUGCUCUCAGUUUUCUCCUGGCUUUACUCUGUUCUUGAAAGCCAAAUGUUAGGCUGAUCGAAUCCUACUGUGUUACAAAGCUUUUUUA